CUAGUGUAACGAUACAGUCCGCCGCGUUAUGCAGUGCAUUUGCAAUAACAAUACAAGACUUGCACACAUAGAGAUAGUCACGAAAUUGUUUUCGUCCCGUUUCUCGCUACCAAAAGACUAAAAACGGAAAACCAAUUUCCUGCUGUUGCUACUGCUUGUUGGCUCGCUCGUAUAUAGAACAAUAUCGCUACAAUCAAACCUCUUGGGGUGUUGUUCUUCUCCACGUUGCUGUUGUGUCUGCUUCAGCAGUGUGUCCGGUUGUUCUGCUGAAGACUUAUGAUUUUUUUUUUAGAUCCGACAGCAACAAUAGAGGACUAGUCCGGAGUGUUGAUUUAUUUUGUCAUUUCGCCAGUUCACUUUUGCUCUUCCUGUGAAGACGAGAGAGAUUAAACGGCUGUUCAUUUCGCCGUCAUUUGUCAUUGCAUUAAUAGCCUACAGAUAGCAGUGGUCGUAGUUAAACCGAUGCAAGCUGCUGAUAAGUUCGUUCGUGUAUUUGUGUGCUGAUUUCGGUGUCUGAGUGAAAAGACAAGCAGCCAACUAUAGGCUACGGCACGAGCGAUUGAAUUCGUAGCCUAUAGAUACUUGUUAGUUGCUCUGGAGUGACGUUUCUCUACCGUGUUCGCUAUACCAAGAAAAACAUGCCUGUCAUUACAGUAAGCAACAAAGCAGACUUCGACAGCCAAAUGAACACUGCCGGCAACCGGUUGGUCAUUGUUGAUUUCACCGCCAGUUGGUGUGCCCCUUGUCAACGAAUUGCGCCUCAUUUUGCUACGCUUUCGAAUACGUAUGCAGCUGAUGCGGUGUUUCUUAAGGUUGAUAUUGACGAAGCUCGCGAAGUUGCCCAACAGUACAAUGUCACUGCUGUUCCAACAUUUAUCUUCUUCCGCGGAGGGGAACGACUUUUUAACAUGCGGGGAUGCAAUCCUACUACGUUGGAAACCAAAAUUACGGAACUCCUCAGUCGGUGCCCUGAAGUCGAGCGUAUACAAACCCACGGAGACUUAGCGCCAUUCAUUGCUAAACAGAAUUCGGAGUGCCUCAACGAGAGCGACAACUUCAACUUGGCAGCGCUCCUCGAGGGAAAAGCCCACCUCGAAUCCGACUGCGAUGAGCAGUUACUAAUAAGCAUCGGAUUCCAACAACCAGUAAAGCUGCAUUCGUUUCGUAUGACUGGACCAAGCAAUGCGGCAAAGACUGUCUGUAUCUUCAUCAAUCAACCGCACACACUUGAUUUCGAUUCAGCGUCAUCAAUGAAACCCGUUCAGGUUCUCGAACUCAGCCCGAAAGACGCCGAAAAGGAUGCCAUUGUCGAGUUAAAGUUCGUCAAAUUCCAAAACGUUUCAAAUCUACAAUUGUUCAUUAAGGAUAACCAGGACGGGUCAGAGGUGACUCGUAUUGACAAGCUACAGUUCUUCGGCUCAGCAUUAUCCUCCACGAAUAUGAGCGACUUCAAGCGCGUAACCGGCAAAAAGGGCGAAGCCCAUUAAAGAGCUGAACUCGUUGACUGGUAAUGAUUUCUUACCUAGUUGCGCCGGCGAAGCAAAUUAUUACCAAUUGGUCGUAACGUUCUACCUGUCUAAACGCACGAUACAUAACAAACCUACACAAGAUUAGCUUUGUUACAUUAAGGUUGGCCAUGUCACUGCAAGAUCAAGCCCUGCCUGCAAUCCUCCUGGUGGGUGUGCGGAACGCCCAACAAAGGUCAUCUGGUGGCCAAAGGAACGGUGCACUGUUAGUGACCUUAUCCUGAAUAGCAAAAGCGAAAAGCGAUUCUCUAUUGGGACAUGUUGGAUACACAAACAAACAUACACAUGUUUUUCUUGUUAUUACGGGCUGGAAAAGAGAGGGUAGUUAAAGGAACAAAGAAGAUUGGGUUGAAUCUGAUUUUUAAUCCAUCGAAAAACAAUAAAUAUAAUGCUCACUAGUUCGAAUGUGGACGUCGUUGCAAUACGUCCAUGGGUUCGAUGUAAGGCAAAGAAUGUAACAAAAGAGAACAUAAAUAACAACCCAUAGGAAAUAAUCGAUAUAUAGAUAAAUUUAUAGUGGACGAAUAAAUACAGACAUACGAGAGAUACAAGUGGAUGAAAAUAUAUAUAAACGAGUAAAUUGAUCUUUUUCAAAUACAGCAGUAUACGGAGACUAAGAAAGUACCGAAGGAGAUUUAGUAAUAAUUGCAAUAUAAUAUACAUUUGUUAGUAAAGAAGAUGGAAACAAAUGUCAACCGAUAAUUAUGAAUAAUAUGUAAGACUAUAUUUAAUUGGAGAGUUUCAAACACAAAACGUUUUUAGGAAAAGUGCAAAACGUUCCGUACAAGAUGUGAAGUUUUGGAAAACUAUGUGGCAGAUCAUUGUUCACAAAACCGACUGACUUCUGAAAGUAACAAUCUGAUAAUAGAGAACUGCAAAAUAGCUGACCUGCAUCUUAUGUGAAGAUGUCGAUGUUUUCGAUCAGAGUACCUAAGAUCAAGGCAGAGGUUGAAAAAUGGAGACGCCAGAAAAACAUGCGAAAAUAAAGUUAUUUCAGAUGCAAAACGUGUUUUAGAUAUGUGCUCUUUAAUUCUUUGCCUUAAAUAGUGCGUAUAAUAUAACUUAUCCGUCGACGCCUUCCCGUCUUAAACAAUUGAGAUUGUUAUUGUGAUGUAGACAGUAUUUUCUUGUCAUACGCAACAACAUUUGUGCUUUCUUGCGAGUCAAUUUGCGUUUAAAUGCUUUUCGCGUCUCUCUUCAACCUAUUCAUAACCCAUUUGCUGUACUGCAGCUAGUAAGCGUAAAUAUCUUGUAAACAAAUACAUAACGAGUAUUUAUAUUUUCAGCUUACCUAACUAGGAAAAGUCGAAGAAAACAGUGUUUGGUAUUUUUAAUUCCAACAAUGAUUUUAUUGCAUCAGUCGUUCGUGCAACUUGCCUUAACAUGAGUAUUACUUUAAAGUGGAGAAUUCCUCGCUCUAGCAGUUUCUCAACAAUUAGUUUAUUAAUCAGCUAACUCGUUUUAAUUCCCUGAUCAUGGUGGCGGCGAAAAUUUCCAUCUGCUUUUGUCUACUGACUGCACUGUUUAUAUUCUACGUACUAAUACAAUAAUACCGCCAUAUACAAAUUAGCUAUGUGUAGAACAAUUAUAUCGAGAAUCAAAGUUUCAUUCCGCCGCAUCUCUGCCCAGGUACUUCACGGUCACUCUCCACGAUUAUGUUCCACAAUAUAAUUUCAGACAAAAAAAAAUUAACAGUGGGCUACUCGCAGUGUUUUCACUUUUUGUAUUCAUUAGCACUUGCAUCAAUAAUAGGUUUGACGUAAUCAGAUAUAAUCUAUCGAGAAUUGUUCUAGCCUUGUUUUUCUAAGCACAUUAGAUUGGUCUGCUGUUAUUCUAUGCCCAAUACUGUGCCACAGAUCCGUAGUAUUCGAGCAUACUGCUAUUACAGUCAUACUGAGAACAUGUGGUGGAUAAAUUAAAGCGUCCAGCAUUUGUUUCAUGUCAAACUCUUUAUUUUAUACUAUAUUUAAACACACCGUAACAUUUUUUGAUAGCACACACUCAAAAUUAUUGUCAUCUCAUGAUUAUUUAAGCGAACUUCCACUUCGUCAUUCUAAACACCAAAACUGUCUAACGAUCAUGUGACGAUUCAUUAAUCUUUUAUUGACUAAUAUAUAUACAUAUAAAGUACUAAUGUGAAGCGGAUAAUAUUGAACAGCAAUGUAGAAGCUUGGGAGCUUAUUUCAACGCCGUUAAUACUCCAUCAAUAAUUUGUCGGGUAGUUCACUCAAUGCUAAACAAUAGUAUCCAAGUCAGAGCAAACCAAGAGUAAAAAGUAAUCAAUUGACACCUGCAACGUCUUUUUAUCGUCACAGAAAUCAGUAAACAAACUCAGAACUCGAAAGUGGUGUAUAGGUUCAAGCAGAAUUUCUCAACAAUUUAAACUCGUUUACUAGCUGACAAUUCCCUGAUCAGCAUAAUAGAGAAAAUUUCGAUCUGCUUAGUCCUACUGGCCACAUUGUUUACAUAUAAUAUUACAAUACGUCUUGACGAUAUCGACAUCUACAGAUGCCAAUUAUUUGUGAAGUAGUUUAUUGAAAACCUAAGCUUCAUCGUGUCGCAUCUCUGCUUAUGUACUUCUUGGUUAUGCUCCACAAUUAAAUUUUAUAAAAAAAAAAA